UUGAGAACUAAAAUUCCGGCAUGAAAACACCAAAAAGUUCAAUUUGGGAAUCUAAAGAAUAAGUAAGUGACCUCUUUGUAAGUUACCACAAAACAUUUAUUCAAAAUGUAUCAUAAGUUUAUUGACUGGUAAAUAUAGGAGCCAUAUGUACUCAUGACGAUAUGUAAUACUCAUAUUAAUAAGAGUAUAAAUCCUCAAAGUCCUGUAUCUCAACAGCAGCCAUCAUUUUUUCACUUAUUGGGCAACCAUGAGAUGAAGAUUGCUGGAAAAUACUAAAAUAGUAAGCACUCUUGAUCAGUAGCGUAAACGCCAUUUAUUUAAGAUGUAAAUGACAUUUAACUUAUUUUACAUGUUGAUACUUUUUAACAAACAAUCUGUAUUGGGAACAGUAGAGUAGAGAUGGUUAGUGUCGCCUGGGGUUUAAAGAAUUAACCCCCCCCCCCCACUCCACGUUAAAAAAACAAAAACAACUCAUUUGGUAAAAAAAAAAUGCUACCCCUCUAAUUUUUUAACAAACAAUCUGUAAUGGGAAAAGUAGAGUAGAGAUGGUUAGAGUCGGCAGGGGUUUAAAGAAUUAACCCCCCCCCCCACUCCACGUUAAAAAAACAAAAACAACUCAUUUGGUAAAAAAAAAAUGCUACCCCUCUAAAACCUACCCCCCCCCCCACACACACACACAAACACCUUUCCAAAAUUUGUGACCUAACCAGCUCGCGAAAAUUCAUUGAUUUGUGUUAAGACUAUAGUAAGUUUAAUUUCUUUUUUUGGGAAUAAACUUAUAAACUUCAUGACCGUGAUGAAAAUGUCAAAACUGGGGAAAUGUUGGCACAAUGUCUAAACGUUUAAUGUGAUCAGUUCUCAAACUCUACAUCAUUCUUUAAUGAUCAUAUGGGGGGGAUCAAGGCCAAAUGGAAUAUCUACACUGACCUUGAAAUAGAAACAUAAUAAUUUCACGAAACUGUUUGAUAUGCGAAUCCAAAAUGUGAUCAGAAGGACAUACUUUAAGAUCUCUGAAUAUAUUUAUAUAUAUAUAACACACUUUGAUUAAUUUAACAGCCACGUCCUGAUGGCGGGGUAGGUAAAAGUACAUUUGGAUCUCGACAGCUGGGGACAAUGACAAUGAAUAUUUGCAUAUAAGCAGUGCAAUUGGGAGAGAGCUCUACGAUGUAAUGGAGGGAAGAUAUUAUAAAAAAAAACGUCCCUGCGAGUGUGUGUGCCGGAGGGAAGGGGGGGGGGAAUACAACUUUAAAAUGUAUUGCAGGGGUAGUUAUUUAAAGUAGUUGAGUCAGGAAGAGGAUCCUGUGUGAGGACACGGUCAGGGGGGGGGGGGGGUUUGAGAGGGAUUAUAAUGCAUCCCUUUUUGGAAAAUUAUAAGGAAACGGCUAACCCCGGUCUAAACAGAUGCUUAUAAGGAUGAGACGGAUGUUCAAACUAUAUGAGAUGGAUGUUAACAAACGUUAGGAGGGAUGCUAACAAAAGAUGUGACAGAUGCUAACAAAAGAUGUGACAGAUGCUAACAAAAGAUGUGACAGAUGCUAACAAAAGAUGUGACAGAUGCUAACAAAAGAUGUGACAGAUGCUAACAAAAGAUGUGACAGAUGCUAAUAAAAGAUGUGACAGAUGCUAACACAAGAUGUGACAGAUGCUAACAAAAGAUGUGACAGAUGCUAAUAAAAGAUUUGACAGAUGCUAACAAAAGAGGUGACAGAUGCUAACAAAAAUGUUACAGAUGCUAACAAAAAAUGUUAAAGACGCUAACAGAAAUGUUAAAGAUGACAACAAGCGAUGAGACAGAUACUAACAAAAGAUGUGAUAAAUGAUAACAAAAAUGUUACGGACGCUAACAAAAAAAUGUUACAGAUGCUAACAAAACACGAGACAGAUGCUAACAAAACACGAGACAGAUGCUAACAAUAGAUGAGACAGAAGCUAACAAAAGAUGUGACAGAUGAUAACAAAAAAAUGUUACAAAUGAUAACAAAAGAUGAGACGGAUGCUAAAAAGAUGCUAAGAAUGCUUACAAAAGAUGUUAACAAAAGAUGAUAAGGAUGCUAAAAGAAUGUUAACAAAAGAUUUUAAGGAUGCUAAAAGAAUGUUAACAAAAUAUGUUAUAAGGGUGCUAAAAGAAGAUUUUAACAAAAGAUGUUAAGGAUGCUAAAAGAGUCUUAACAAAAGAUGUUAACGAAAGAUGUUAAAAGGUGCUAACAAAACAUGAGACGGAUGCUUACAAAAGAUUUAAGAUUUCUAAGAAAAUAUGUUAACAAUGCUAUCAAAAGAUUUAAGAUUCUAAAAAAAAUAUCUUAACAAUGCUAUCAAAAGAUUUAAGAUUUCUAAAAAAAUAUAUUAACAAUGCUAUUAAAAGAUUUAAGAUUUCUAAAAAAAUAUAUUAACAAUGCUAUUAAAAGAUUUAAGAUUUCUAAAAAAAUAUAUUAACAAUGCUAUCAAAAGAUUUAAGAUUUCUAAAAAAAUAUAUUAACAAUGCUAUCAAAAGAUUUAAGAUUUCUAAAAAAAUAUAUUAACAAUGCUAUCAAAAGAUUUAAGAUUUCUAAAAAAAUAUAUUAACAAUGCUAUCAAAAGAUUUAAGAUUUCUAAAAAAAUAUAUUAACAAUGCUAUCAAAAGAUUUAAGAUUUCUAAAAAAAUAUAUUAACAAUGCUAUCAAAAGAUUUAAGAUUUCUAAAAAAAUAUAUAAACAAUGCUAUCAAAAGAUUUAAGAUUUCUAAAAAAAUAUAUUAACAGUGCUAUCAAAAGAAAGUUAGGAUUCUAACAAAACAAAAAUCAACAGUCUUAAAUAAACUGGGCUGUCUUAACUCAAAGCAGAAAAAUAACCGAAAAAAAAAGUCCAUUAAAAAAAGUCCUACACCAGCCGUAAAAUCUCGGCAAACCUUUUCUUUAAAAAAAGGAAGACUUUAAAUGUCAAUCAGUUAAGAGCAGAGAGAAUGGCUCAGAUUGACACAGUAGACUUCUGAAGAGCUUAGAUAAGUCUGUUCUGCUAUAAUUGUUGCGGUCGCUCCUUCUUGCUCGCUCCUUUGCUUUGCGGUGACGCCAAGAUUUCGCUGUGUGAUGGGCAAAUAUUUGAGCGUUUAGUUUGAGAUAAAAAAAGUUGGAAUCAAUUUAUUGACUUAGCGUGCGAUGGUAUUGACUAGAAUUUUGAAGUUCCUUGAACAUUACGUCCCGCUUACUGAUGUAAAUGCGGAGUUAGUUGUUACUCUACUCCAUCUUGUAUAAUUAUAGUUAACAUAUUAGGGUUGCAUGAAUUGAAUCAUUAAGUCAAUGUUAACUUGAGGUUAGAUGAACUGCAUCAACCGAAGUAUAUACAACUGCUAGCAUAAUUGUUGCCUAUAUAACUGCUAGACCAUUUGAUGGACAGCUAUACAGCUAAGUGGAAUUAGUUGAUGUUUUUUUUAGCAAUUCGUUGUCGGGGAAAUAAAUGUCAACAGUGAGAUCCAAAAUGACGCUGAUGUUAGUAAGGCCUUUUUCUAGUGCAUCCAACUCAGCAUUACCAACAUGUUUUAGUUUGUUAUGACAUAUGGGAUCUUUUAUGCAAUGAAUCAGGUACACAUAGUGUGUGUGUGUGUGUUACAGGCAAAGUGUGUAAUCCAGUCAUUUUCUAGAACAUUUGACGCGUCUAGUUAAACGUUUUAAAUACCGAAGACAUUUGGACAACAUGAAUUUGGUCUGACCUAAUUCCCACUUCGCUUAGAAUCACCAAAGUAUACAUUGACGUAGAAAUAGGGGGGGGGGUUUGGGGCGUAGGGGGCACACGGGUUUUUUUUUUUCUUUAAAUGGAGGAGGCAUUUUAGGCCAACUGAAGAGUUGUUGUCGUGGAAGUGACGGCAGAAAGCUUUUCUAGCACCGGUUGUCAGUAACCCUAGCUUUAUCACUGUAAGUAUACACUAGGACACAGCCAGGGCUUAGACGUAUAAAAAAAAUAACUGAAUGCGUACACAAUGGAUCACAUGAAGAGUUAAGAUUAAAAAUUCAUCUCUAUCGGCGUAUUUGUAUCCGCCAUUUCUAAAGGGUUAAGAGAGAUAAAGCGGUGGUAAGUAGGAGGAAGAGAAGGGCAAGUGGAGUCCGAGGCGUUCCGACUUUCAGGAUAGUGGGAAGAGAGAGGAGGAAGUGCAAUGGAGUAACACGUUAUUCACACCGGGGUGCUACUUGAUUUUGCCUCUCGUAGUUAACGUAACAAAAAAAUGCACAUUUAAAAGGAAGCUAACUAUAUCCAGCGCGGUACCACCAUGUUUGUAAAUCACAAGAAAAUCAAACGAUGGAUCGCCACGAAAUUUGACAUGAUCAUUCCGCCUGAUCUACAGAUGCUUCCUGGAAAGUUUGGUUAUAAUCCCCUUAUCCUAAAAUCUGUAAUUUAAAAAAACAAAAAAACGUAAAAUGUAAAAAGUAAAAAAAGUUUUUUCGUUUAAAGUUGCUUCCAGGAACGUUCAAGUUAAGUUAUGUUGGGUGCACGCAUUUGGUAAUAAACCUUUGUUCAGAUCGGUGCUUGUAGGUGCGUUUUGUUGGGUGCACGCACACAAACUAAACCAUUUUUAAGGGCUUUCAAAAAAUAUUACAUGACUAGUUGUAGCUCGCCAUACAAUGUUGAGUGAAAUGCGUGAUCUUCCCAUCUACUAAAGUGACUUGACAAGUAACGCACAUCUGAGAAUCCCAGUAUUUGCCACACCUCUUCCCUCCGUGAUACGUCAUUGCACACUUUUUAUGUCACGCUCAUGAACUAUAUUCAUAUUCUGAUGUCCCAACCACUUUUAAACGAAAGAUUUAUUACACCAUAUUUAUAUUAAGACGAUUUCAUAUAUCGAAAAGAAAAGAAAAGAUUACGCACCAAACACAUUUGCGUUAUUUCAAAAACAAAAUUAGCUUAGUUGUCGGGAAUUAUAUUUUGCGCACUAUGGAAGCAGUGACACCACAAUCGUAAUAUAUCUAAGAGAUAAUGAUCACAUAGUUCAUGGGCGUGCAUAAAGGCUGUUUUGGGUACGUAGAAGUUUAUGGUCGUAGGGUUUCUUUGAUUCAUAUUUACCAACUUCAAAAAGUAGAUGUGUGAGUAAGUUUGCUGCAGCUUAACCCCCAAAACUACGUUCAUGAGUGGGUGGGUGCAUUUUAUACGCAUGGCAAUGUCUCAAAAGCAUCAUUUGUUACACACGGAACAAUCUCAGUCCAUAGAAGAUUUCACUUUUUUCUUUCAAAUAUUACAAGUGGUAUAUUCAGUUUAAGCUUCUUGAAUGCCAAAGAAAUAAGUUGGUCUAGAUUUUUUAAACUGACAUCAGUUCGUGACAAGGCAGUGUUUGAGAUGUCCUUUUCAUGUUUCUUAAGUUUCUUUAAGUCUCUGUGAUUUUCCUCAAAUGCUAUGAAAUCAGUUUCCAAGUUCCAAAUAUGUGCAGGAGGUUCCACAAUGUUUUUUCCUUAUAAUAGCCAAAGCUAUACACGAACUAUUACGUUACAAUGCAAGAUGCUACAUGCAUUGUUGCAACCAGGCCAACACACAUACAAUGAACUAUUUAUGGGAGAACUUGCCAUGUAAAUUAUACGUUACAAUUAUUAUAUUCAUUAGUCAGCACCUGCAGCGGUUGAAGCCAUAAGAAUCGAGUGCAGGCAAUUAUGUCAUCAGUUAAGAGUGGAGCCUUGGACCAGCAGCGAGCUGGAGAAAGGUUCACUUGAUGCAGGUUAAGCCAGCGAGUAUUUAAAGGGAAACGGUAACAUGACUAAUUAAACAGACCGGCAUUUGGGUGGCUGUAGGAUCUAAAGGUCAAGACCAGGUGUUGAUGUUUCUUUUUGUGACGUCCGGUUGACCUAUUUGGGUGUCCACUUGUUAACAACACAGGCUCGCUGAGUGGAAGUGCCAGUUCAUUAUCACAGGUAUGUUUUUCAUAGUGAAAAAAAACUAUAUUUUAACGCUGCCCCAUGGAUAUUCAUUACACAUGUCUAGUAAAAAAAUCAUCAGAUAAAUUUUAUUUUUUAUUUUUUAAACAUUACAUUAUCGGCUUAGGGGGAGGGGGAGGGUGAUAGUUAGAAGAACACUAAAAAUUGUGCAUUGUUAAAAAAGUUUUGUUUAUAACUGUUCCUUUUUACAGGCAAGAUGUGCACUUUAAAAAAAAAUAUAUUUUAUAAGACAAUACACUUAAGUGUGCUAAGCGCAUAAAGUGAUUAAUUUUAUUAUUAUAAUCAUUUAAGUUAUUAUUUAACCCUGAUUUCAGAAACAAAGAUAACGCCAUUAGAGUCUAUGACGACCAAAUCACUGAUCUCUGCCAUGCCAUGAACAUCACUACUACAACAGUGAGACGCAACUACGUGCUGGGGUAAGCCAGAGGAUGGACAACAAAAGUUACGUCAGCGAUGAGCGGCUGAGCAGCAACGGGACACAUGGACACACGAAGUCUUAUGGGACCACGCCGGACGGUUCUCAGUCUGCUUCCAAGGAAAAUGGAGAGACACUGGACAGAGGUGAGACAGUGGUCAGUGUAGAGGCAAUGGGCAGCGGUGAGAUAGUCGUCUGAGGUGAGACAGUGGGCAGUUGUCAGACAGGGGGCAGGGGGAAGACAGUGGGGGGGGGGAGACAGUGGGCAGAGAGCUAAGAAAAUAGAAAAGUAUGAUGUUGGGAAGAGAUUUUGAAGAGGGUUUGAGAUAAGGUGUGCUAACUUGUGGGUGAGAUGUAUACGUAUUCAAAAAGAGAGUGUGUGAGGUCAUUUGUUUUUACACAGAAAUUGUUUGGUAGGUGGGGAUUGUUUUGUUUGUUGUUUGAUUGUUGUUAAUCAGGUGAUCAGGUUUGACCGGUUUCUAUCUUUACGGGUGCCGCACUAGGAGGAAGCCGUGCAUUAGUACAUCAACAUGAAUGGCAUCGGUCCGUUACAGUGUGACGAUGGUGUAGACUUACGAAGGUCCGUUUUUUUUUUAAAAUUUAGGAUUAUAAGUUGGUCCCUGGACAGCAAAUCGCCUCUCUCCACGCACCUAAAUAACCUGGAUAACCCAAAAGGAACACCAUAUAUGGAUGAUACAGCUUGGCACCAGUUAUCAGAAUUUUUCAAUGUGUUAAUGUAUCCGGUUACGGGACUCCAUCUCCUGGUUUUGAUUUAGAGUUUCCUUCUCUUAGGUAGUUUGAUAGUUGCCAUCCAAGUUUAGCGAGUCCCAUCCACCCGGGGUGCUGGUGAUCUUUUUCAUUGACCUGGUCUUUGGUGAGAAUUGAACUCUAUACCACAACCUUGGGAUUGACUCAGUUUGCACCACUCGACCACCCAGUACAUCAACAUCCAUCUCUGGGAUAAUGUUCCCAGGGUUAAGUUAAAUCAUUGUAUAUUUCAAUAAAGUCAUUAUGAUAUGUACCCAUAUUAUUUGUAGUAAUAAGUAGUCUACGUUAAUUUUGUCUAAAAUAUCGGUAUACUUAAUUUAAAAUUUGAUAAUCACAAAUGUUAGGAAGAGGAAUAUUAUUUAAGGUGACAUGGGUCAUGUAAGUAUAUUGGGAUUGAUGAUGUCUAUUUGUGACAGGUAUGUUAGUGUAUGGUGAGAUGUGUAGGUAUGGUAUUAUGGUGCAUGAGAUGUGUAGGUAUGGUACGAUGGUGUAUGAUGAGAUGUGUAUGUUUUGUAUGAUGAUGUAUGAUGAGAUGUGUAGGUAAGGUAUGAUGGUGUAUGAUGCAAUGUGUCACUAAGCUAAAGUUAGUGAUAUGAGAUGAGUUGUUGUUUUUUUGUGAGAUCCAAUUUUGUGUUAAGCCUUGGUGGGCUUUGUUGAUUGUUGAUGAGAUGUGUUUCAUGAAAUAUUUUUGGUCUCAGGCUUAAUGCACAGGUGUCGUUUGAGCUAAUAAUAAAGUGAAAUGUGUUAAGUUCGAGCUUUACUGUUCUGUUUGCGAUGAGAUGAAGUUAGAAUCAUGCAGGGGUGGUAUUUGCCAUCUAUGCAGUUAUUAUUCACACUGGUUUGCGUCUAAGAUAAAAUAUUCUUCCAACAAAACCGUUAUGUAAUGUUGGAUGUCUAUACUAAACACACUGGUAAUGGAAGGUUGGAUGUCUAUAACCCACUGGUAAGGUAAUGUUAGACCUCUAAAUAACACCCUGGUUAUGUGUGUUAGAUUUCUAUAUUAUACACACUGGUAAAGUAAUGAUGAAUGUCUCUACCACUCUAUACAUUACACAUUUGUUAUGCAAUGUUGGAUUUUUACACUAUACACAAGGGUAAUGUAAUGUUCUUUGAUUAGAAACGACUGGCUUGCGUGGCAGAAUUAAUUGAUACACACGAUUUCGUGAUCACAUUAAUUAACUAUUUAACCCUUUCUCCCUGUUUAGUGACACUUGUGUAAACAAUUGACAAGAUAACAUCAUUGUCCUUUAGACUGGUGUUGACAUUUAGAAAAGUCCACUGACAUUUCACAGACGACUGUGCCCGCUAAUUGUGAAACAAAUUAACUCGGUUUUGGAAAAUGGUCCCAAUGUUCUUUGUAGACAUCCACGAAAGAAGUUCAGUAUGAUAGGUGCGAAUAUUGAACAACCCCCAAAACAGAGUUUUUCUUAUCAAUAUUUUAUAUGCAUUUGUCAUUGUUUUAUUUUAGAUGCAUAUCAUAAUGAACCAUUCGCUUUUACACCGCAGAUUUAUUUCACUAACUAUUUCAGAAAAACAAAAGGAACUGUAACGCACCAAACGCACUAGGGAUAUAUUUUUAAGAAAGAAUAUCAUUGAGCACAGUUAUCCGGAAUUUUAUUUCGUGAAAUCAGUGUCAAAAUAUUUCCUUAAAUGUGAAAUGAGAAGAAAAAAAAUGACCUCAUUGGUCAUUAAAAUGUAUUUUAUAAUUUAACUCCUUCAUUGUGUUAAAGAGACAUUUUUAGAAAUGAGCAUUAAUUAUUCAUCAACGGAAUAUAUUAACUUUUUUUUACACCUCUUUAAAGUUUAUUUCGGAAAGUGCUUCUCAUUUUCGAAACUAUGAACGCCACACCUAGCUCUGUGUUCAAAGGGUGUGUUGUGCCAAAUUUACGCCAUGUCGCUUUUAUAUUAAAUGCAAUGUAACCAAAAAAAAUAAAAAUAAAUAAAGAUAUGUUGUUUAAAACUCGGAGCAAAAACUGCCACCCUGCUUUGAGUUUGAGACAACAUUCCUUUAUCUAAAAACUAUCCUCUUUGGACGAAAGGCUCUAAAAUCAUCAGUGCCAUCAAUUUCUUUAAUGACCGCAGGGAAAUCAUUGAACGUCUGAACGUGGUGACCACGAGUUGAAAUCCCUGGAGCACAAACGUUAUACUUUAAGACGAUCUUUUGUAUUUUACCACGGGGACCUCCUGACGCCUUCAUCUGCCACUGCUCAAAAGAAUAUUUUUUCCCCAGAAAAAGCUCCUCUUCUGUGCUCAAGCCGUCUGGCCCUGUCCAUCAUAUCAUGCCUGGGGUUCAUUAAUGUGUACGCCCUUCGGGUCAACAUGAGCGUGGCGAUGGUCUGCAUGAUCAACCAGACGGCGCUCGCGGAACUCAGGGACAUCCAAGGCCGUGAUGUCUUCAACGUCUCCAAGAUCCCGUUACGUCCCAGCACUUGUCGCGGGGAGGGCAUCGUGGUCAAUGCUAGUUCGAGCGAUCCGUCUCAUAAAGAGGUAAGGAAAUAAUCCAGCAAAAGUGGAGUCUAAGGUCAGUGGUGUAGUUAGGGAUUUGGGGGCCCGGGGGGCUUGGCCUCUUUAGGGGCCCCUGCAUUUUGACAUUCGACAUUAUUUAAUGUAAAAAAAAAUUCGGACACUCCUUUGGGAGGGGGGGGGGGGCUCCCCUCAAGUAGGGGCCCGGGGGACUUUCAAAUUCAGACCCCCUCCCCUUGCUACGCCACUGUCUAAGGUAGAAAAUUGAAUACUUGGGAGCCGAGAGAAGAAUUUUGGCAAGUUGUUAAAUAACAAAUAUUGGACUGCUGUUAAAUAUGAUGUGAUACUCUGACAUUAUGUCUAUAGGAAUGUCACUAAAUUACUUAAAUAGUAUGUGAACGUAUGCAAUGUUUCAUAGAACGCAUUUCAAUCAAACAGGUUUGCUCAAUUUGCUAUGAUCUAUUUCCAUCAAAGAAUUUGGAUAGCAUGAUUUAAAUACGCUAGAUUUAAGGCUUGAGUUUUUUAUAUGAAGCUCGUAUAGUUUGUAGAAUGGGACAGUUUUAAAAAAUAUCAUAUUGUACUUAUAGCAUGUAGGCUAUGGCAGUUUACAAAUAUCGUACUGUGGGUAUAGCAUGUAGACUACGGCAGUAGAAAAAAUAUCAUAUCGUAAGAUUAAAAAACAACAAAUAUGGCAUUUAGAAUGAUGACUGGAAGAGUUAUGAGUAUGUAAAAUUAUUUCUUUAAAAGAAAAAAAUGUAGAUUCCAUAUUAUGUUUACUCAGGAAAACAUAAUAUUUAACCACAAUAUUAUUAAUAGCAUUAUUUUAAAUGAAAUUUUUUUUUUUUAUUCUAAAAAAGUAUUAAAAAAAAGGUGUUUUUUUUAUAAAUGAUGUUUUUUUUUCCCCAGGAUGGUGAGUUUGCGUGGCCCAAAGAAAUACAAGGUCUCGUGUUGGGCUCUUUCUUUUGGGGCUACCUGACAACCCAGGUCAUGGGAGGAUGGCUGUCUCAGAGGUAAGUGAUUCAAAUAGUCGACAAUAUGCAUUGUCAUGUACACGUCUGUAAGGGAUCAGGUAUUGCCUUCAACCGAAAACGCAAUUAAUGUGAAACAUUGCUGGGCCAUGACGGGGGGGGGGGGGGCGAAAAGUUGAAAUAGCGUUUCUCACUUCGCGCCCCCUUCCCAACAUAAAAAAAAAAUAAUAAAGUAAUAAUACAAAAUACGAGUAAUUAACGAGAAUGGCUGCAAACAACAUGCCGAUAUUGCAUCCCAAAUUCGAAAAAUUUGAAACUUGAAAUUACGGUACUCUUUUAAUAAUCUAGUGGUUUAUUGAAUUGAUCAGAUGAGAAUUAAAUAGUCCUUAAUCUGAGAGUCUUAACUUUCAGAGAUGUUCUUACUCAUUCCUUUUGGCUUUGCCAAUUCGCAAUUUAUUAUAAGAAUUUAUUAUUUACUUUUUGGUUUUGGUUUUAAAAAAAAUUAAUUUUUUGACGUCAUAUCCGUUGGCCAGGUUUGGUGGUAAGCACGUGUUCGGCUGGUUCAUGUUUGUGUGUGCCGUGGUGACGCUCCUGAUGCCGGUGGCUGCUAGAUUGCACUACGUCGCUCUGAUAGUCACACGGAUUAUAGCCGGCAUCUGUCAGGUGGGUUGUUCGUAGCAAACCCCUGUCCAGCGUCUGUCAAGGGUUUCUUUUAGAUGAUGAAUAGGAGAUAAUUAUAUUUAUCGCUGAUAUGUUUGGUAAUUAUAGUUUAUUUUAAUAAGGCACUUGAAUCAAGAUUUAUUUGAUCAGGUUUCCAGAAAAUGGCUUCUCCCAAUACGUUUUUUUUUUAAAAUUAACAUUUUUAGGAGGUAACUUUGCCCACAUCACUUGGUUUUUCAAUUUUACCAGGGUGUUGUCUGGCCCGCCAUGGCUGUUUUGUGGGCCACGUGGGCCCCGCCACUAGAAAGAGGGAUGCUUUGUAGCUUAUGUUAUGCAGGUGAGUCAGAAUUCGAACAAGUGAGGCACGCGAAUUAUCAACGUAUGUAUGUGCGCUGUGGCCCCGAGGUUUGAGACCCCCUGACAUACAUAAAGUAAGAUUGACUUACUCAUGGAAAGCCAAUCCGACAUUCUAACUAAUGUUAUGACAUUCUUGCUAACUGUAAGAAGUCUGACUAAUUUAAUUACAUUCUGAUUAAUUAUAAGACAUUCUGACUAUUAUACGUUGGUAAAAAUAGCUUAGCUUUUUUGUUUGUUUGUUUUUUGGUUUGGUAAUCUUGGUAACUGAACAAUGGUAGCAUGGAAUUUUAAAAAAAAUUAAAAUGACCACAAACUUUUUAUAGCCUCUGUCAAUAUUUCCUAUGAUAUUUUCUAUAUAAGAAUGAGCUAGGCUGACCGUAACGCCAAAGAAACGAAGAGAUUUAAUUUAUAAUGAUAUAUAGAGAUUUUGUUGUUAAUUUAAGAUUACGCUUUUACAAUUUUUAGAGAUUUUUUAAAUUUUAGUUUAGGUGCACGAAAAGUGGUAGUGUAGGCCUAACAAUGAACAAUUAAAAAACACAUACCAUCUAACGUAUUUCUGUAGCCUUAGAAAUUCGCCGUCAAUGAACUCCUUUACUGACAAUAAUGCUUCACUGAGUGAUUAUUUAGUUGUGGUGAUUUAAGCUUAAGUUUAUAGAAAAGAUAAUUGUAGUUUUAGGGGCACGAAAAUGGGUAAGGUGGGCGUAUAAUAAAUAGCAGAUAGAUACUUCUAGAAACUUGUGAUGGUGUAAGAAACGUAAACGUCAUUACACAGAUACUUGUACAUUUAAGAUCCCGUUAAAAUACGGAAUUGUGAUAAGUUUUCGCAAUAGCAAGUGGAAAUUAUCGUUAAGUGUCUGCCAUUAUUAUUUUGAUAACAUUGGGUGAUAUUUUCGAGUUUUAAAAUAUCGGAUUAACUUUAAUGGUAUUAAAACAAAAUUCAAAUAAUGCUAUACUAAUUUUUUUACAUUUUAUUUGAAAAAAG